GAUGUGUUCCCUUCACCGUGUUGAACUACGUCCCUGAGCGGAGAGUGGAGUUUUCCUUUUUUUAGUUUCAUGAAAACUCUGUUUUCUUUUCAACGACGUUAUAUUUAUGUUUAAGUUGUCUAAAUUCGAGAGAAAUCUCCCGUCUCCUCGUUGUGUGUGAAAGCAACCAGCAGAAACCACGAUGGCAAGCGGACAAGGUUUCGAUGCGGAUCCAGAUUUGACGGAUCUGCAAACGAACAUCGAUAAGCAGCAGGCCAGGAUCACCGAACUGCGGGAGAUCAUAAGACAAACUGAAGCAGUUAACGAUAUGAAGCAAGCGUCAGCCAAGGAACGGUUGCAAAACAUUGCCCAUCGGUUGACGCACUUCAAGACUAAGGCAACCAGCUCACGAUUGAGCCGUGCCAGCAGCGGCCAACCGCCUGAUCCGGCGGUCUUCGCCAGCUCCGCGGAGCGACGCAGUGAGACAGUGAGCAAGGAUGGGGGUGAGCGGCCAAUGGUACGUGGUCGCUCUGAGUCGUCCGGCAUCGAGAAAUUCACUUUAUUGCGCGAGCAGAUUGAGCAGAACCGGCUCAAGAUGGCCGCACGCGAAAGCAGUAAGCGUGAGAUCGAGGAUAGGGUUAGCGAAAUCAGGCACAAGCUUGAGACAUCACGACAGACGAUGGAACGAACGGUCGAGAUGGAACGCUUUGGCCUCAAGUGGGACGACGAACGGUUAUCAUAUAGCUCACAGGAUUUAUCCCGUAUCUUACCCACUGCCAUCAACUGGUCCCUCGAACACGAUAGCGAUGCACCGGUAGAAACAUCUUAUCGCGUAGAUGUACCGCUCGGAAACGCAUACUGUUCAGCAGUAUCCCCACCAAUCAAGCCUUCCUACCCGUUGCCACAAAGCGACGCGAUGGACGCAAGCGAGCCACUGCCGGAACGAGACGCGAUUAUAAUCGAGCCGGAGCUCCUAGCCAAAGCGGAAAUCUCGGACGAGCAAUUGAAGGCACUUGCAACGCUAGCUAGCUAUUUUAAUGGGCACAGCUCAACCGAUUUCAUUAGUGCGCUGCGCCAACUGCAGAUGGAAAACAAGGACACUACCGUUAAACCAUCCCACAGCGAAACCGGUACCGAUCGCACGCAAGAAAGUACGAGUUCACAGGACGAAUGUCAAAGCUAUGACAUUAUAUCUGUCCCGGAAGUCGAGGGUCACCAACCGUCAACCGUAGCCACCAGCGAAACGCUGGAGCGUGUCGCUGCGGCCACUAGCGAGCUGAGCAGUUCGUACGAGCAGAUCGUCUCCUUGGAGGGCCUGGUGGCUUCACAGGGUGCCGAAAUGAAGCGUAUGAACGAAGAGAUUGAUCGGUUGCGGCAGGCGCUCGAGGAAAAGACAAUCGAGGCGAACGUGAUGGCAGCGAAUGUGUCCGUGCUGCAGGAAAAGCUGAAAACGAGCGGCCCGAAGUCACUAUUUCCAAAAUCCACGGACUCGGAGGAGAGCGAGGCAGAGAUGGUUAAGCUGAAGCAGCAGCUAGACGAGUCCAACAAGAGUAUGAUCAAGUGUAAACUGAAGAUCAAACAGCUGCAGAAGCAGGUCGAUACGUUCCGUAAAACGUCCAAUGUGCAUGCUGAGGUGGUGCGUCUGACGGAAGAGGUAAAUGUGCUCACGCAGCAGCUGCAGGAAGCUACCGGUGAUGGGCAAACACCAGGCUGUGACACAAUUGAACGGGGAGACGAGGACGCGCUAGCGACCAUGGCCAGCGGUGCGCUGCGCAAGCGCAUCGAAACACUGGAGCUGACAUGUCAGCAUCAGGUAUCGGCAAUGCAACUGCUCGAGGAGCAGAAGAAUGAUUUGAAAGAGGAUUUGAGUCGCGCUCGCGAAGAAAUACACGCGCUCAAAGUACAGGUACAUGGUGUGGACGGUGGGGAAACAGGACGAAUCGUUAGUCAGAUGCUGACGAUCGAGCUGGAGGAGCAGCUGGAGCAGUGUCUAGCGGAUAAAACAGAGCUGUCGCGUGAUCAGCAAGCUUGGGAGACGGAACGGCAAGAGUUUAUGGCUACGCUUCAGCGCUACCAGGAGGAAAAUGAUGAACUGCGGACGAGACUUCUAAACGACCAAAAGCUGCGCAUCGAAAAGCUCAGCUCGGCAGAAUCGAUCGAAAUUUUAGAAAACCUCACUCAGCAUGAGAAGCAAGAGAUGGAGGAGUCGGAGAAACGCACAGCGACCGAGGAGGGCAGUGGUGAGCCUGCCAUUCCUCAGGCAGAACCCGAAUCGAAGGAAAAUUUGAAUGAAAGCCUACUGAAGCUGAUGGAGGAAAGCCGAGAGCUGAUGGAAAAGGUGGAACUGUUUACCGACGAGCGACGCGAGGUUCUAGAAAAGUUGGACGCAAUCUCGAUCGAAAACCAGGCGUACGUUUGCGAGCUCGACAAGCUGAAGGAGAUGAAUCAGCACCUGUCUAGCUACAGUAAUGAGCUGGUUAAAGCCAAAAGCGAGUUGGAGGAAAAGUUAAAGCAAUUCAGUGGGGAGAAAGAAUGCAUCCGCCAGGAACUGGAUACGGUAGAAAGUGGAAAGCCUGUCGAGGAGCCCGAUACCGUUGAGACGACCAGUCAUCACCAGCAGCAGUCGCAGCAGGGUCAUCCCAGAAGCAUUACACCGGCAGAACAGGCCUUCAAUAAGGAAGACUACCAACGCUUGGUGACGUCCGUCGAAAAUGAAGUGGCGAAUUAUGCGAAGCAAAAAGACAAGCACAAGAAGCUACAGGCAUCGAAAAAAUUGACGGCAGUCACGAAACAACUACUAACGAUGGACAAGCAGCUGUUGCAUGAGUACGAACGGUUGGUGAACGAGCUCAGCCUUGCUGCAGAGCAUGCUAGCACAAUUCCGAUUGUUUCCGAGCCAAUCGAGCACGAACGAAGCAGUGUGGAGAUCGAGGCCGAAUUGGCCGAGGUAAGCCGCAAAACACUGGAGAAGGAGCAACAGUUGGCGGAUUUGCAGGAGCAGCUUACGCUUGCUCUCAGCGAGUCGAUGAGAACCGUGGCCGAAAAAGAUUCCGACGAGGAAUUGGAACUGCUGCAGCUAGAGCUGAAUAGUAAGAACGAGGAAAUUCAGGAGUUGCGGCAAGAUAUCGAGGCGCUGGUCGAUGCCAAGGCUUCCGAGAUGUACCGGGCACAGAAGUGCCUAGUUGAGGCACAAACCGAGGUGCACAAUCUAAAGACGGCGAUCACCGAAUGGCAGCGCAAGUGUGCGCAGCUGGAGGCUGCACACGAUCCGCAUGCCUUCGAGCAGCUACAACAAGAGUUACGCCACCAGGAGGAUACUAUUCGCACACUGAACGAGCAAAUCGUCGAGCUUUACCGAACUAUAGAAGAGGGCGAGUCCAAGUUGGUUGAAUGUCAGGAACUUGUAGAGCAGCAGAAAGACCAAGAGCAUACGCUGCGAAACCAGUUCGAGUGUCUUGAACACGAACGGAAACAGCUGACGGGUGCCGUUGAGGAGCUACGCAUGAAGUUGGGCGAGUCACUGAACCUUCGCGAAGCAUUACAGCGGGAGAACGAUAUACUCGGCCAGAAAAACGAAGAAUUGUUGGAGAAGUUGAAAAAAUUUGCCGCCAACUUAAAAAAGAAGAACGUUCAGUGCGGCGAGUUGGAAAAGCGUGUGCAGUGCAACGACGAAACCAUCCAGCAACUGACGAAAACAGUGAAGCAGCUGGAAGAGGAACUCCGCGAAACUGCGCCAAAUUGUGCGAUCGAGACCUACGCCGAUGUGGAGCAAGAACGGGUUGAGCUGGCUCAGAAACUGCACCAUCUGAACAACGAGCUGCACCGGUUGCUAGAGCAAAAAUACCAGUUAGAGGCGGACAUUCAAACUACGCGCGAAGAGCUGCGAACGGUGCGUGAGCAACUCGCGAUGGCGGAAGCCGAGGUUUUGCGCGGUAGCGAGCGGCUGCAGGACACCGAGCGAGAGCUGACCGAGGUGCGUCGAACUGUCGAGGCACAUGAGCAGGAGCUUAGCCUGCGGCAGGCAAAGCUCGACAAGUGCAAGGCUAUCAUCAAGGAGAAGAUCAAAGAGACGCAGCGGCUGCAGGAAAGCGAACGCCGGACGGCAUAUCUCGAGGACGAGUUACGUAUGACGCAAUGCAAGUUGGAGGAGUUCCACAAGCAAACGUUACUUUUAGGGCGCCUAAAGAGCGAAAAAGAGGAGCUAAAUGCUGCGGUACGAGAAGAGCAGGAGCAUCGCCGUCAACUGGAGCAGGAGUUGGCACAAUUACGGCAACAGAUAGGUAAUGGCGAGGAGCGGGAGCGCCAAACGGAAGCGAAACUAUCAAAGAUAUCCGAUUGGCUACAACGAUACGAGACAGGAUGGCGCUCGGUAGCCAGCGAAGGCCCUAACGAUCACGACCAAGACCUAUCUAAGAUUGCUGUGGAGCAUUUUACUGUCAAAUUUGCGUCCGACGUGCACGCCCAAGAAGAUGAUUUGUUGGGACUCCCGGCUAUGCUGGCUGAAAGCAAUCAACACAUUACGCUGCUGUUGCAACGCAAUACGCACGAAACUAGCGAACUUACUGGGCGUUUGAACGAGCAACGGAUUCUCAUCGGUACACUUAAAUCCGAACUGGAGCAGCUACGACAGGAGCUACAUACUGUAAGUGAAAGAAGCGAACAAGUCGCGAAGGAAAAGAAUGAAGCGUUUGAGCGAGUGGCGCAGGAGCUGCAGGAGGCACGCGAUCAAUUGUCGCAGUUGCAGCAGGUGACAGCAGUGACAAAUGAAAAGUUGCAGGCCGAGCUGAAGAGUGUGAUGGCCGAUCUGGACAUGAAGCAGACUGAGCUCGAGCAAUCCAAAAACGAUCAACGCACUGUUAGUGAAGAGUGUGAGGAAUUGCGUAGUCGCAAUGCGCAACAGACUGACAUGCUCAGUGCGUUGGGGGAGGCUAAGAUAGCACUGGAAGAAAAAAAGAACAGUCAGUUAAAUUCCCUCACCGCAGACCGGAACAUCUUACAGGCGGAACUAGCAGCGGUCGUUAGUGAGAAAGAAGCGUUACUCGUCGAGUACAAUCAGGUGCAGCAUACACGCAGGGCACUUGAAGAAAAGCUGGCUGACCUGACAGCAUGGCAAGCCGCAACCGAUCAGCAAUUGAGCACCUUGCAACAGCAGUACGAUAAUUGUCAGCUGGCCAGCGACGAGCGUAUUGAAGCUCUUACUCUCGACUGCAGCCACUAUCGGGAGAACUGUGAGCGGCUAGGGCGUGAGCUGGAAGAGAUGAGUCAGCAGAAGGUAGCCCUGCAGACUACCAUCGAUGAGAAGGAGACGGCGCUGGGUGACCUUCGGGUAAAACUGGAUGAAUUGCGAGUUCGUCACAACGAAGCCAUCAUAAGCGCUACCGACAACGAUCACUAUAAGGCCGAUUGUGAGGCCCGCGAACAAGAGCUGAAGUGCCUGAAGCAGGUCCAGCAGCAGCUGGAGCAAAGCUCCAUCGAAACGGAGGCAUCGCUUCGCAGGCAGUACGAGGAGCUGCGAGAAGAAUGUGAAGAAUUAAAACGUCAGGUGCUACUGAAGAGUGAAGCUCAACCCCAGAUGAACAUAGUUGCGGAUGGUUGCAACAUGUGGGAUGAUCAGUCACUGGAUGCGGGCUGGGGAGACACGGACAUUGCUCAGCAGGAAGUACUCCGCCAAAAGGAUGAACUUAUCCAGCAGCUUAUGGUUGAGAAAGAUCUGAUGCAGGGCGAGAUCACCGAGUUGAAAGUACGGUCCGGCAAGCUGGUUCGCAAGCUUAAGGAGUGUAAAGCGAAGGCGGAUAAUCUUGAGGCGGGUUUGGCGAUUGGUAGUGAGGAAGGAGGCACUGAGCGCAUCGCAGAAUUACAGCGCGAGCUUACGGAAUUGAUGGCCAAGUACAAUACGCUCCGAGAGUCCUUCGAACGAAUGCAAGAGCUGAACAGGAGUCAAGCAGCGCAGCUAGGCAUGCUGGAGCAGACUAUACGCGAGUUGGAUGCCAACCUACCGAUCGAGGUAGUUGAGCGCCUGUCCCGGCUUGACGGAUCUCUCGAUAAGGUGAAAGCUACCCUUGCGGAGUUACACCACGAAGAGUUAUCGCCGGCUAUAACUACUAUGCUCGAUUUCUGCAUACAACGGUGUCGUGUGAUCGUAGAUUACGUGGCGGCACAGCAUGAUGCGGCACAAUUGCAGGAGAUCGAUCACCGCCAAACACGAGCAAAACCUGAAGAACCGGUUAAGGAGGAAGAUGCAUCGUAUGAGCUCAAGCAGCGAGUAACCGAUCUCGAGCGCAUCAAUGGGCAGCUCGAGCAGGAAAAGAGCAAACUGGAGCAAGAGCUAGACGAGCUGAACCAGCGCAUCAUGCAGGAUUGGCGAUUCGAGGAUCAGCUGAACCGCGUGACUCUCGAACUCGAUGCGAAGAAUGUGGAGCUGCAGCUGGUACGUUCGACGUUGGAGCAGCUGCAGGCGAGUGCUGGUGUCAGCGAUAGUAUCAACAAGCGCGAAAGCGAGCUGCUGGACGAGAUCGACGAGUUGAAGGAUCAGAUCAAGCUCCUAGAGGAGGAGCUCGCCACUGCCGGCACGACAUUACCCAGUGCUGCCGCUUCAAACGAACCGAAGGCCGAAUCGGAGCAGGCGAUGGUGGCCCCAAUGCCGUCACCGAUGGAUGAUCCCCAGGUUCGGGCGGUGCUGGAGCAGCAGGAAACCGAAAUCGUUGCACUUCAGCAGCAGCUUGCCAUUCGGAGCGCAGAAUAUGCGCGGCUGGCGUCACAGAUCGACCCGGCACGCCUCGCGGCAACUAUCAACAGGCCCGCCGAAACUGCCUCAGAAACCCAGCUGCAGCAGCAUCAAGCCGGUGAUCGUGUACCGCGGGCAGAACUUGAGCUUGCUUUGUACAUGGUCUAUCAACGUGAUAUGCGGUGCGAAGAGCUUGAGCUAGAGCUGCAGAAUCUGUUGCAGGAACGCGAUGCCCUUCAGUUGCGCCUCUCAAACGCACUACGUGUGCACGAGGAGUUCCGGGUACGGCUGACCGAAGUUCCAAUGGCAUCCACCAGUAGUGGAAGUGGAGUCGUUGUGGAAGUUGCUGGUCAGUCCGGGGAAAGCUCACUGGAAGCUGGUGCCAGCGGGAAUGAGCGAGAGGUCAGUCUCGAAGGAGCUGCAUCACGACCGGGGAGUGCCACCGAUGCGCAGGACCUCACCACGAAGCUAUCGGAGCUGCAAUCGAUCGGCUACUCAAAAGAGAAGCGCCGACAGGAGGAGCGCGAGGAUCGCAACCGGCAGUUAGCACAGAUACAGCGUGAUCUCGCCAACAUGCCACUCGAAGCGGCCGCUAAAAUAGCCGGCACAGAAGUUGUGGAUAACGAAGCGGCCUCCCAGCAGAGUGCCUCCUCCGUGCUCAUCAACUGGAUCUUGGGGAAGAAGUAGAGUGGACCGGUGCCGCCCCAUCGAACCACUCCGAUGUUACAUACCGACAACUGUAUUAUAAUGUACCAUAUGAACCUCACUAGGUUCCUACGUGAAACGCGUCACACGAGGUCACGUAAAAGUCCAGUCGGGUUACCGAAUUAGUCAAAUGUCGCAGCGGUAAUUUAAUGGCAUUUCUUGAAAUCGCAUCUUGUAAUACUACAAUGUGUAGGACUACUACCACUACGCACUAGAUAACGGUUGGGUGUGUGUGGCUGUUGUUUGAAUAAAAAAAGGUGAAUUUUCGCGACUCGUUCGUAUAUUGAAACAUUUUCCGUUUAUUAUUUAGGUAUACUGCUUGUACAAUGUUACAUUUUGUGUUUGUGUUUCCUUUCGUAUGUAGCCUGUGUUUGGUUGUAUUUUUGUGUCUCUAGCCGUCUCUCGAUCAGCGAUACUGCUUCCGUUUACUGAAGAUUAAUA